CGGGACCUGUUAAUUUGCUCUAAGCACUGGAAAAAGAAAAGCCUAAAGAGAGCCAAACAUAAAAAGCAGUACCAAAAUUUUCCAAAUUUCUUUUAACCCUUUUUGCUUAUCUAAGAAGUUUCUCGUCUGAAAUCAUCGAAGAUUAAUCUAUUCUUAGAUAUGACUUUGUCUCCGACGCUUUGAGGUCACCUGAAAGUGUAAUCAAUCGCUUUUCUGCUAUAAUUGUCACUCUCCGGCGACAAAACUUGGUUUCCGGUGAUUGUGUAUGUUUUAAGUUGGAUUUGCGAUGGGAACUGUGGUUGGAACUGUUGAGGACCGCAGAGAUAUGUUUGAGGGCAGUGCUCAGACAAGGAUCACACCGUUUUCUUCAACAAAUCAGAUUGGAAAUCCUGUUGCCUACAAGCUUGUCCGGGUUUCAGGAGAUGGGAGUCUAGUGCCUGCAACCGAUGAAGAAAUUUUGGAGGUCAAUGAGACGGAUAUGCAUAUUGCAUCAGAUGCAUGUCAGACUGUAGGCUACCUUGCAACAGAUGAAGAAAAUUCGGAGAUCAAUGAGACGGUUAUGCAUAUUGCAUCAGAUGCUUGGCAGACUGUAGGCUACCUUCCAGCUGAAGGGAUACCUUCUCGGUUGUCCCAGCUUGAAAGCUCAGAAGCUAUCGGUUCAGGUUUAUUGCAGUCUGAUAGUGUGCAACCAUAUACAGACCAGGUAAAGUCUCCACCUGAGUCCAAUGAGAAGAUGUUGCAAAAGGUUGAACAGGAAGAGAGGCUUGGCAAUAUACAUGGAUCUCAGAUGCCUUCUACUCCUCGAGAUGCCAAUAUCCAGUGUUCUGAUGAAAACAACUUUUUUGAGGAGGAUCAAGUCCACCAUGAAGAUUUGCUGCAAGAACCCAUACCUCUCUCAUUGAAUGUUCAGAAUGAAUGCAAUAUGAAUCAAUCUGAUAAGAUUGAACCAUGCUCAAACGCAGCAGCUAGUCCCAAAGAAACUGCAUUGUCUGGUGCUGCUCAAAAACCUGAUUUUUCUAGAGUUAGAGGCGAGAUCUGCUUGGAUAAUUUACCGAUUAAAGCACUGCAAGAAACAUUCAGGGCAACGUUUGGCCGUGAGACGACUGUUAAGGACAAGACGUGGCUCAAAAGGAGGAUUGCAAUGGGACUUAUUAACUCUUGUGAUGUACCAGCAACUAACCUGAGAGUGAAGGAUAAAAUGUUAGUUGGAAAUCAAGAGAAGACCAACGAUGUGACUAAUGCUAUUAGCAAGGAUAUGGGUGAUGACGUAAGAGCUACUAAAAUGAAAGAUGCACCAUCGAGUACUGAUCAUGUGAAUGGACAUUCAAAUGCAGCUGGCCAAAUUCUCGGUGGUGACCACUAUUAUGCUAGUGAGGAUUAUUCCAGUGAACAGAGGGCUGCAAAACGAGUUAGGAAGCCUACACGAAGAUAUAUUGAAGAACUUUCAGAAACAGAUGAAAAACAGCAAAAUGACAAGUCAAUGAUUCCUUCUAAAGAUCAGAAGCUGUCCGAAAAAUCUGAGGUCAGGUCUAUCAGUGUCUCCUCGGGGAAGAGAGUUACCGUCACCAGGAUGGUAUCCCUUGCUGGAUCUGAAAUUGAGGUUCCUUAUGUUUCUCAUGUCCGGAGAAGCCGUCCAAGAGAGAACAUUAUGGCUCUUAUGGGAUGUCAUUCCAGUUACUUGGAAGAUAAAGCUAGUGCAACAGAGAGUAACCUCAAUCUGAGUCCAUCUCAGUUAAGCAGUGAGGUUGUGAACCGAGAUUUGGUGGAAAAGUCUGCUUCUAGACUGGUCCAAAAAGAAUUUGCUACAAGUGAAGAGAACAAUGAGGAGCAUAUUCUCUCUGAGGUUGAUCAAGACAUGGAGCCAGAGCACAUAGACUCAUCUGGAAAUAGCUCGGAUGACAAUAAUAACAUUGGCGUGCCAAUCAUGCAAGGUGGUGCACUUAGAAGAAAGCAUCAUCGAGCUUGGACUCUGUCUGAGGUUACAAAACUAGUUGAAGGUGUAUCAAAAUAUGGAGCCGGCAAGUGGUCUGAAAUCAAAAAGCAUUCCUUUUCGUCCUACUCAUAUCGUACCUCUGUAGAUCUCAAGGACAAAUGGCGAAAUCUUCUAAAAUCAAGCUUUGCUCAGAGUCCCUCAAACAGCGUGGGAAAUCUCAAGAAACAUGGGUCAAUGCAUAUUCCUACGCAGAUUCUGUUAAGGGUAAGGGAGCUCGCGGAGAAGCAAUCUCAGUAAGCAAGUUUGUUGGAGAUAGGAACAGAAAGGAAAAGGAAACAAGAUCCGACUUCUAGUAGCUGAGUUUUUGUAAAAUAGCAACUCAAGUAAGGGAGACGAGAAAUGUGAGAUAACAGUUUCUUUAGACUUGUAACUUUCUAAGGAAGCUUUGUGGGUUAUAUAUAUAUGAGAAAAGUAUUAAGCAGUGUCUGUGUCUUGAAUUGGUAUGAAUGGGUUCUCUAUAAUAUCCAUGGAAGCAUGCUGA